GAAACAGCACAUAAUUAUUCUCAAACAUCAUGACAAUGUUAGGAGAAAAUGGAAAAGAAGAUUAUACUGAAGAUGGGACAGUGGACCUUAAAGGUAGACCAGUUUUAAGAUCAAAUACAGGAAGAUGGAGAGCUUGUUCCUUCAUAGUAGGGUAUGAAAUGAUUGAAAGGAUGGCAUACUAUGGGAUAGCAUCAAAUCUAGUGUUGUAUCUAACAAAGAAGCUCCAUGAGGGUACUGUCAAAUCUUCAAACCAUGUCACCAAUUGGGUCGGUACAGUUUGGAUCAUGCCAGCUAUUGGAGCUUACAUAGCUGAUGCUUAUCUCGGUCGAUAUUGGACCUUUGUUAUAUCAUCAGGCAUUUACUUUCUGGGUAUGUGUUUAUUAACUCUAACAGUAUCACUACCAAUGUUGAGACCACCAGCAUGUGCUCAAGGGAUAGCAGACAAGGAUUGCCAAAAAGCUUCAUCGCUACAAAUUGGUAUUUUCUUCUUUGCUUUGUACAUCAUUGCAGCAGGCACAGGGGGAACUAAGCCCAACAUUUCCACCAUUGGAGCAGACCAAUUUGAUGAGUUUGAGCCUAAAGAGAGGUCCCAAAAACUUUCAUUCUACAAUUGGUGGGUGUUUUACAUUUUAAUUGGAACCAUUUCAGCUCAAACAAUAUUGGUUUACAUACAAGACAAUGUUGGUUUUGCCCUUGGCUAUGGGAUUCCAACCAUAUUGCUUGUUGUUUCCAUAUUGGUGUUUGUGUUAGGUACUCCACUUUAUAGGCAUAGAUUACCUUCUGGAAGUCCUUUAACUAGAAUGGUUCAAGUCUUUGUUGCUGCUAUGAGAAAGUGGAAGUUAAAUGUCCCAAUUGAUUCAAAAGAGCUACAUGAGGUGAGCAUUGAAGAGUAUACUAGUAAAGGAAGGUAUAGAAUUAAUCACAGUUCUUCACUAAGAUUCCUUGACAAAGCUGCUGUGAAGACUGGCCAAACUUCACCAUGGAUGCUUUGUACUGUGACACAAAUUGAAGAAACCAAACAAAUGACAAAAAUGUUACCUGUAUUGAUUACAACAUGUAUUCCAAGCACCAUUAUAUCUCAAACAACCACGCUCUUCAUCAGACAAGGCACAACUCUAGAUAGGGGAAUGGGAGCUCAUUUUGAAAUACCUCCAGCAUGUCUCAUAGCAUUUGUAAAUAUCUUCAUGCUGAUAAGUGUUGUAAUCUACGAUCGAGUCUUUGUUCCAGUAAUCCGACGCUACACGAAGAAUCCUAGAGGGAUCACAAUGCUACAGAGACUAGGAAUUGGCCUUGUGAUGCACGUCAUUGUAAUGAUUGUUGCAUGCCUUAUCGAGAGAAAGAGACUCAGUGUUGCAAGAGAAAACAAUCUUUUAGGCCCGCUCGAUACAAUACCACUUACUAUUUUCAUUCUCGUCCCUCAAUUCGCUUUGAUGGGGAUUGCUGAUACGUUUGUGGAUAUUGCUAAGCUAGAGUUUUUUUACGAUCAAGCGCCAGAAUCCAUGAAAAGUCUUGGAACAUCAUACGCCACAACAACUUUGAGCAUUGGGAAUUUUUUGAGUACUUUUCUUCUAUCAAUUGUUGCUGAUCUCACAAGUAAAAAUGGUCAUAAGGGUUGGAUUUUGAAUAAUCUAAAUGUCUCGCGUAUAGAUUAUUAUUAUGCAUUUUUGGCCUUGUUGAGUGCUGUCAAUUUCAUUUGCUUCUUUGUUAUUGCCAAAUUCUUUGUAUAUAAUGAUGAUGUAACACGGACCAAGAUGGACUUAGAGAUGAACCCUAAUUCAUCUAAACAUAAGGCUGAAAUAAGUCAAGUAUCUUACAACUAGAUGCCAAAUCCUAGAGAAAACCCUAUAAGGUUUCUCUGUUCUUGUAAAGAGCCUAUUGAAAAUGCAAAUAAAGGUUCACCUCAGUGUCCAUAUCUGUGACUUGUGGGGCAACUCAUUAACUAUGCACUCAACAUAAUUA